AGGGCCUGGCAUGGUGGGGGGUGGGGGCUGGUUCAGGGGGCACAAGAUCUCCUCGGGGAAGAGAGGAGAUUUCAGAUUCUCCCGAGUCGCUGCCUGUCAUGUGAGGGAGUGUCCAAGCUCCAUGGGGCUCUCCAGGAUCUGUGGGUCCAGGGGGUUCAUUGCUUGGAUGCCGGGUGUGUGACAGGCCUGGGCAUGGCCUCCCAGCCGGGCGUGCUCCAGCAGGCACGCAUUGCCGGGAUUGUCCCUCGCCGGGGGGACCGCAUAGCCAAAAUCCGCACCUGCCCUGUGUGUGGAAGGGCAGGCUGGGGUGGCCUGGGACCUGCACGAGUGCUGGGGCGGGGUUGUCUGUCCUGUGCUCUAGGAGGGGCAGAGAUUAUUGCAGCAGACAUGGCACCCAGCGGAGACGACGUGCCCAGCAGAGACGUCCCAGCGGGGGCAGCCAGCGCAGCGAGGGGAGACCGCUCAGCAGUUGGAGACAGUGCUGCAGAACCUGCCAAUGCAGCCGGUGGAGAUGGUGCAGCAGACGCAGCCUGUGCAGCCGGCUGAGCGAGUGGAGACAGCCCCACAGGUGCUUCCCCAGAUGCCCUGUCCCAGUCCCACGGCGGGGCAGCCCCAGCGCCUGCAGCGGGACACCGUGGAGCCGACAGCUGCGUGGUGGCCUUCAUAGAGACCUUGAAGGCAGGACUUAUCGCUAAAGAGCUCCAUGCGCUGGCUCGGCUCCUGGACGGCCCGUGUGGUACGCUGAUGACAGCGCUCCCAGCAGCCCCGGAGGACGCAGCCGGAGCUGAAAUCUGCACACUGCUUGGGAACGCUACCCUAGUUUUUUACAGCUUGCUUGAAGGUAUAUGCAAUAAUGACAAGAUGCUGCUCCAGCCGCAGGACGUGACGUCAGAUCAAGGGAGAGCUGCGGCACCAGCUCUGGGAAAAGGCGUUGCCCUGGGUGGAGCAGGCCCGUUGGCUCUGGACCAGCGCCCUGUAGGAGGAAGGCACAGUUCCCAUGCUGUCCCGCUAACCCAAGGCCGGCUGGUGAGCGCAGGAGUGGGGCUGAGUCCCAGGUCCAAGCCUGGCAGCGCCGGGACCAAGAGGAGAGCCCCCAGGGUCCUGUUUACUCAGCAGGACGAGCUGCACAACAGACGGGUGCUGAACCAAGGCGUAUGCAGAGGCCAGGUGCCAUGGGGCCUGUACCAGGACGCCAGCCUGCUGAUGGGGGGCUUCCGAUGGCUCCGCCGCCAGAGGUUCGAGGGCCUGGUGAGGGGUUACCUGGCCCAUGUCUGCAUGAAGGAGGCAGAAGAAACCCUGGAGCAACUUCAGGGCAGUUGUGGCUGCGUGAAGGCACACAGUGUGCUGGGGCGACUCCGAGGGCUGAGGCAGCAGAGACUCCAGCGCUGGCGGGGCGAGCAGCGCUGCAGCUGGGCGAGGCGGCUGCAGCUGGCAGAACUGCUCAGCGAGACGCUGGGGCGUGUGGAGGAGCGUUCGGGGCUGUUCCUGAUCCAGCCCGUGCUGCCGUGGGCUGGCCGGCCGACCGCACUAACCCCUCCUGGAAGGAGCGACACUCGGCCCCAACCCACUCCCAAGAUGCUGGUGCCAGCGCUGAUGGGACAGGAAGUGAGCAGCCCCCUGGCCAUGCGGGGUCUCCGGCUGCGCACCCCAAGGGAGGAAGGGCCCCACAAGCUGUGGAGCUUCCCAGCACUGGGGGGCAGCGGGAUCUGGCCAGAGCAGGACCUGGCACUGCCAAGCCCACUGGUGAUCACCCCACGGCUACUGGAGAUGGACCUCAAUGGCUACCUGCUGCAGGAGCGCCAGCAGGAGGAGCCAGCCUGGCCUAGGCCCAGCCAGUUCCAGAGCCAGGUCCUUCGCAGCCUCGCUGAGGAGUUUCUUUCCUGUCCGACGCGGCGUGGCCCUGAUAGGUACCAGCCACUUGGAGAGGCCGUAAGCGCCCAGCUGUGGCUCCAGAUCGGCUCGCGAUCCCGUGGGCACAUUCCGGACUCCAGGACACAGCUGGAGAAACCAUCUAUUGGAAAUCAGCUGGCUGGGGAAGGAUCCCAGCCAAUCACAGUCCAGAAUGGCCAGACAGCCGCGCCCCCCACCCCCACCCCCACCCCCCCAAAAAAAAAAAAGGACACUGAACCUACAUGUGCGCAAUCACAGCCCUCCUUUCCCUGCCAGGCCCCAAUCCCCCCCGCAGAAGCACACUUCUCUGUGUUGGCGGCUGCGCUCUGGCCAGUACCUGGCGAGGACACCCUGUGCUUUGGCGCUGGCCUGCGGGGUAGUGUAUGCACCGAGCUGGAGCUGUUCACAACACUGCAGCCUGAGCUGGAUACUGGGGAUUCCUGUCUGGCUAAUUGGGUUAGUUUGGGGACAAACAAGCUCUCAGGGCCUGUUGCGGGAAAAACAUGCAGGAAGGGAAAGAAUGGUUCCAGCACAGCCACUCCUCAGGGCUUAAGGGUGCUGAGCAGCAAGGCCAGGGCCCGAAAAGGCCCCAAGAGAUCCAAAACCUGGAGUAGGGUUUAAAAGGGACUCGUUCUGGAGGGGGCAGGGGGUUUUAGGGGACACAGGCACCCACUGGGCAUGUCUGAAGAAGCUAGACCGGCCGCAGCUACCUUGGGGGUGGUGAGCCGUGGGCUUAGUCGGUUGUUUUACAAUGCUUGUUCUCGGCGUGCUUUGUUCCUACAGUCCAAAUAAACCCGCCUUUGGUUCA